UUCAGAAUUGAAAGAAACCAGAAUGGCUGAACAAGACAGAAUUAUUUGGAACUGGCAAGCUUCAUUAACGAAGUUGAUUGUUCCUGCGACAUUGUCAACUGCCGCUGUUGGGGUCUGGUUGGUUCUUAGAAAAUUCGGAAUAAUAUACCAGUUAUUCCACAAGGUUCAAAAAGAAUCCACAAGACAUGGAGGUGAAAUUGUGGCUGAUGUUUUAAAGGCUCAUGGAGUUAAACACAUGUUCACAUUGGUUGGAGGUCACAUUUCACCCAUCCUUGUAGCCUGUGAGAAACUAGGAAUAAGAGUUGUAGACACAAGACAUGAGGUGACAGCAGUGUUUGCGGCAGAUGCGGUCGCCCGGAUGUCCGGCACUGUGGGUGUUGCUGCAGUCACUGCUGGCCCAGGACUGACCAACACUGUGACCGCAGUCAAGAAUGCCCAGAUGGCUGAAUCUCCAGUUCUCCUGAUGGGAGGGGCAGCGGCUUCAAUUCUCAAAGGUCGUGGAGCAUUGCAGGAUAUUGACCAGAUGUCCCUGUUCAAGCCUCUGUGCAAGUACUGUGCCACAGUUACCAAGGUGCGCGACAUCGCCCCCACCCUCCAGAAGGCACUCCAGAUAGCACAGUCUGGCACACCUGGUCCAGUGUUUGUGGAGUUCCCUAUUGACACCCUGUACCCUUACCAGAUGGUGGCGAAAGAAGUAGGGGCCAAGAGUAAGAGCAAAGGGCUCAUGCCCAUGAUUGUCAACUGGUACCUACAGAAUUAUGUAGACGAUUUGUUUGCCGGGGCGUGGGAGAAAAGAGAUGUUUCCCCUAUGCCUGUGACAAUGCCCCGGGCAUCCAAAUCUCAAGUCCAAAAGUGUGUGGAGCUGGUGUCGCGAGCCAAGCAGCCUGUGAUUAUUCUGGGCUCCCAGUCAACACUGCCCCCAACCCCCACUGACAAAUUGGUCACAGCUCUAGAGAGCAUGGGCAUUCCCAGUUUCCUGGGCGGGAUGGCACGGGGCCUUCUGGGCCAGCAUAGUGACAUUCAGAUACGCCAGAAGAGGGGUGAGGCACUCAAGGAGGCAGAUGUCGUUAUUUUAGCUGGGGCUGUAUGUGACUUCCGACUUGGGUAUGGCAGGACAUUGAGUAGGAAAUCCAAGAUUAUUGCAGUAAAUCGAAACAAAGAGCAGCUAUUUAAGAACUCUGACAUGUUCUGGAAGCCGACAGUGGCUAUUCAGGGAGACGCAGGUGAUUUCAUAGUACAGCUGGCAGCGGGUUUAAAGGGCUUCAAGUGUGACCCAGAAUGGCUUAACAAGCUACGAGGCAGAGACCAGGAAAAGGAACAGACCAACAGGGAUAAGUGUAAUGAGGUGACAGACCAGCAUCUGAACCCUGUGAAAGUCCUGCACAUGACAGAGGAAGUGAUGGAUGACAACACCAUCAUGGUGGCUGACGGCGGGGACUUUGUUGGCACUGCAGCAUACAUUCUCAGGCCACGAGGUCCCCUGAGGUGGCUUGACCCUGGGGCCUUUGGUACCCUGGGGGUGGGGGGAGGUUUCGCCCUGGGAGCAAAGCUGUGCAGACCAGACUGUGAUGUAUGGAUCAUUUAUGGGGAUGGCUCCCUAGGGUACAGUGUGGCAGAGUUUGACACAUUCACCAGACAUAAAACUCCAGUGAUAGCCCUGGUUGGUAAUGAUGCUGGCUGGACCCAGAUCUCGCGGGAGCAGGUGCCCAUGUUUGGUAGCAACGUCGCCUGCCAGCUUGCUUUUUCUGACUAUGAGACGGUAGCUGUUGGUUAUGGUGGAAAGGGACUCAAACUUGAUCGCAACAACGAGGGUGAGAUGGAGAAAGUCCUGCGUGAGGCGAUGGAGCUCAGUCGCCAGGGCCACAGCGUGCUUGUUAACGCCCUUAUCGGCAAGACUAAUUUCCGGGAAGGAAGCAUCUCCGUCUAGGUUCAUAUCGCUUCAUAGUUGGGUUGUGUUCAGAGACAGUUCUUUAGAGAGCUUCAGUCUGGUUUAACCUGAACAAAUAGUCACAAUCGUGUUAAGCUUAAGACUUUGUUGUACAAAUCAAAUUUUGACUUGUGAUAUUUUAUACUCCUUAUAGACUGCCCAUUUAUCUAUUUAGCUUUAUUCAAACUUGUUUAAAUUUUCUCAAUAUUUCCAUAUUGUUACUGCAUUGUUGUUUAUGUUCUAUACUAAAAUGGACAAAGGGCUACAUGAUACAAACGGCAUUGGCGGACAUGACAACUAUGGUUAUAUUUAGCUACAUGACCCUGACUUUCAUGGACCAACAUCGCAUUCCAUAAUUUAUGUUGAUGUACUAGUGUUUGCUUAAUUCCAUUAAAUACUUAACAUGUCAUUUUACUGCUCUUAUGUGAAUAAAACUAAGAUGAAUUAAUUA